CAUCGUCAUAUCCAAUCCUCCACCCUCACCCCUCACCACCCCCCCCUCCCUCUUCCUCAACAUGCACAGCGUCAAAAGAGUGCGCACGACCGCCGAAGCGCAGGCGGCAAAGAAACGCAAGGAAGCGAGUAAGAUUAUCGAGUAUAACGCGCUUGUCGAGAGAGUUGGUGGUAGUAGAAAAAAUGAGGAGUAUUCGUCUACUGCGCUGCAGUUGACGACGACGCUGUUGAAGAUGAAUCCGGAGUUUUAUACAAUCUGGAAUUAUCGACGAGAGAUCCUUCUCCACAUCUUUCAAUCCCUUCCCCCCGCCGAAAUAACAGCCCGCCUCGACUCCGAACUCGACUUCCUCUUCUCCCGCCUCCGCGAAUUCCCCAAAUGCUACUGGAUCUGGAACCACCGCCGCUGGUGUCUAAACACUUCCCCCGCGCCAGACUACGCGCGCGAACUCAAGCUGGUGACGAUGAUGCUCGAGCGGGACGCGAGGAAUUUCCACGGCUGGCAGUAUAGACGCGGGAUCGUGGCUUGUCUUGAGAGCAGGGAUGAUGAGAAGAUGAAGUGGGAUAGGAGCGAGUUUGAGUAUACUACUGCGAAGAUUAACAAUGAUUUCUCGAAUUUCUCGGCGUGGCAUAAUCGCACAAAGUUGAUUCCGAGGUUGGUGAAGGAAGAUCCGGAGUUGGAUGCCCGAGAACUGCUCAAGAAAGAAAUAUACCUGAUAACCCAGGCAAUCUACACCGACCCCGACGACCAAAGCGUCUGGCUCUACCACCGCUGGCUCGUAACCUCCUCCGACAUCGUCGCCCUCUCGAUUGCCGAGCGCACCGCGCUACUUCAUCAGGAGAUUACCUCAAUCAGCGAACUCCUCGCCGUCGAACCUGAUAGCAAGUGGUGUCUGCAUUCCCUUGCAUUCUACAAAAAUUUCCUAGCCGACUUGACUGGUCAAGAAAUCGACAAAUCGGUAGGUGAAUAUCUGGAAAAAUUGGAAACCAUCGAUCCGAUGAGGCGGAAACGGUAUCAGGAUUGGAGGGCUCGGAUUAGUCUAUAAUCACUCUCAUUAUAUAAUGUCUCAUUGUCUUAUUUGAAAAGUAUCCUAUUACGCGG